UUACUUGGAGUUUUUGAAUAAAUGGUUAGAAGGUUGUAUUGGUGCAUUCUCAUUUCUUUCGCGGGUCAAGUUCCUUGUUGCGCCACUAGACAUCGCGUUCCUUUUAACUUUUUGUAAUUCACGUGUGACACUACUAAUCGUGGCAGAAAUCAUUCCGUAGACUAUCUCACUAUUCUCAUACCUUCAUUAUUAUCUUGUACAAAUGCAAAUGUUAUGAAUCGAAUUUUGCGCACAGGGCUCCGUCCAUCAACAAAGAAGCGAAAAAAUCGAACAGCGCAAAGUAUAACAUGAGCUCGGCGGGGUCAAACGUGUCGGGCAUCAACUUGGAACUGUUCAAACGGCUGAACAUCUACCAGAUAGUCGGCAGGAAACUGUUCGGCUGCAACGUGUACCGGCUGGCGUGGACCGCGGCAAAUGCGAUCACGGGAUGCGUGGUCGCGCUAACGGCGGUCGGCUUGCUGGUCCAGUGGCACGACUACGCGGGAAUCGGUGACCUGGCCCUCGUGCAGCUGCUGUUCUUCUAUCUGAUCUACAGCCUGUACCUGCUCAAGUGCGUGACGCUGGUGCGCCGCGGCGACGAUCUGUGGUGGCUGAUCGACGUGACGCGCGAACGGUUCAUGGUCAGCGACCGGUGCCGCAAACACGUGGCCAUGUUCCACGAACAACGCGCCCGGUCGAUAACGGCCACGUACGCGUUGUGCAAUUUCGGCUUCUUCGCCGUCACGUCCCAGUGGCUGGCGUUCCCGUUGCUGGUGAACGGUUCGUCGCGCGCGGACGGCGCGACCGCGUGCCGCGGAAACGUGUUCCACUUGCCGUUCCCGGUGGCCACGCGCCGCUACAACGAUUACUACGCGCUGUUCUACGCGGCGGAGCUGAUCAUCACCGUGUGCAUAACGUACGUGCAGGUGCUGUUCGACGCGUUCAUCAUAUCGCUGUACUACGUGUUCGUCGUCGACUACGACAUCGUCGCGCGGUCCACGGGCAACCGGCCAAGGAACGAGUGCCGACCCGGUUCUCCGACAGACAUCUUACGCGUGUGCGCGCCGUCGUUCCGAAAAUUAUUCUAUUCCAUCAUAAGACUUAUUACUUUGUCAUAUGUUGUUUUGUACUCGGGUUUAAUCAUAUCCUUAACAUACUCUUUUGUUAUGGUUUUCUUAUCAUCGGAAUCGGUACCAAUUCUCAAAAUAAUCAAACUAUCCUCUGCAUUUGUUUAUAUUUUAUUUGUCUUGUUUUACUUCAGUUAUCUUAUGGGAACAAUUAACAUCAAGGUAGAAUCAAUUAAAUUCAGUAUGUAUAGUUAUAACUGGACUGCAAAGGAUAUAAAAACUAAAUUACUGUUGAUGCUUGCAAUGCGUAUGGAAGAUGCCAAUAAAAUUAUGAUAAAAAUUACACCCAAUAAAGUUGUAAAUCUACAACUAUUUACUAGUAAAUGUUGGAAAUGGGUUAUUAAUUAUAAUGGUACACUUCAGAUACAAAUUCAUGGAUUUCAUGUGACGUUUAGCAAAUUCAUUGGAAAAAUAAUCAAUGCUUUGAACCAUCACACACAAACACAAAUGUUUCUUUCACAAAACUUUUAG